AUGCUGCCCGCGCAAUGGCACCGGACGCCCGUCUGCCUCUUCUGCGCUGCCCGCAGCCAGACCCGACUGAAGAACACCCGAGCCGCCCCAUCCAAAUCCAAGCCAGUCGCUCCCAGAAAAGUCUCCGUUAGGAAGAAGGGAAAGAGCUCCGAUAGCCAAGAGGAAACUGUCAAGGCGGAGGAUGGAUCAAAAUCUCUCAUCGAGGCCCUUCUGGGUGACAAGAAGGCAAGGAGACAGAAACAGGACGAAGAACGAGAGUCGAUUCCCAUCAGCGAGAUGUUCCCCGACGACCUCAACUUCGAGGAGAUCAAGGUCGGCAAGCCACCUGUUCCCAUGCUAUCGUAUGGUCUCGACCGCGUCCUCUUCAACCCCGGUGUAUAUCGCCUGCAGGACCCACGCUCGCGAGUGUACAACUUCGAUCCCUAUCUCGAGAAGAUCAUGCCGGCGAACGAGUUCGAUUUUGAAGCGCUGAGCGAAUACAAGACCUCCUCCAAGGAUGAGACUCUGCUGGCCUUGACAAAGCAGGUUGGCACAAAGUUCACAGGUUCUACCUCGAGUAUGUCGAGCAUGCUCCAGCACUUUCACUACGUCCUCUCAAACUUCCGCAAACUGAACCACGGCAUGCUAUCCCGCCAGUUUCCUGACCCUACGCCCAGAUUCUCCCGAAUCACGCUUGGCCCCAGUGCCGUCUUCCUGCGAUACACGGACGGUAUCUAUGCCUUGGACGCCGACAAGUCUUACGAAAGCCCCAACAUCAUGAGCUGGCUGGGUCACUCGCUAGAGAAGCUCCUCACAACCGAACGCAGCGAAUUCGAAAAGUUUAGAAGGUCCAACCCAGAAAAGGCAGCCGUCGAGAAGGAGGCUGGCCGAUGCUACCACUACUCGAAGCAGGGUAAUCUCCUGAUGCGCUCGCAGCUGGAUGCAAUCGAUCCGCGGUUACCUGGAACGGGUGUUUUUGAUUUGAAGACGCGAGCCGUCAUCUCGAUCCGCAUGAACCACAAGGAAUACGAACAGGGCGCUGGCUACCAGCUUCGUUACAAUCUGGGCGAGUGGGAGUCGUUCGAGCGCGAGUUCUACGACAUGACGCGUGCGACCAUGCUGAAAUACUCCCUCCAAGCCCGCAUGGGACGCAUGGACGGCAUCUUCAUCGCUUACCACAACAUUGAGCGCAUCUUCGGCUUCCAAUACUUGAGUCUCUCCGACAUGGAUGCUGUCCUUCACGGCCAGCACGAUACGGUACUAGGAGAUCAAGAGUUCAAGCUGUCUUUAGGUCUCGUCGAUGAAAUCCUUACCAAGGCCACUGUUGAAUUCCCCGAAACGGUAAGCUUUCGUUCCACUACCAGGGGUCUUCGCUAA